CCUUCAACAAUCGAAAAACUCAACAUGCUAAAUUAUCAGGCAAAAGAUCCAACGGCUCUUUUGCCCAAUGAACUUUUGGUACAUAUUGCAACUUAUUUAGACAUACCCUCUUUGGCAAGAUUGGAACGAGUUUCCAAAGCAUGGAAUGCACUCUUGAAAGUAUACGAUAAUCGUUGUUGGGCUCAACAUGUUGAAGGAUAUGAAUACAACAAGGAACUAUCAUUACAAUCAAUGAAAGCUCAAAAACAAAAGAAUAGCAUUGAUCAACAAUACUGGCAACCGGUAAAACGAUGGAAAGAUUUCGUAUUGAGACAAAAUGCAUUAGCAGAAAAUUGGACAACAGAUUAUCCAAACGUCGAAACAAGCGUCGUAGGAUAUACACCCGCCAGAGAGAUUGAUCCUAUCGGGAAUCCAGCACCGAUUACAUAUUCAAAAAAGACUGGUGAAGUUCUUCCCGUCAUUCAUGCUGGACCGGCUUCUUCGUAUGUCUGGCGCGCAAGGCUUGAUCCUGCUCCUGAUGCGCAAUUCAUCAUCACUACAUGGCUAUCAGGCGGCGUUCGCGUGAUCGAUGCUCGUCCUGAUGGUAAUUCUGCAGUUCUAUGGCAGUUACCACGAUGGAGCGUACGUGCAUAUGCGCAUUUAGAGUAUCGAGAUGGCAUUGCUUGUUGGGAUAGCGAAGAUGGAAUUGAGGUUUGGAAAAGAUGGAAGCUCGUUCAAGGAGAAGAAACAGCAGAACAAGAUGAACCUGCAAACAAAAGAGGUUCAUUUGUCAAAGUAGGAACUGUUCCGGAUAUGCCAGGUAUGCGUGGUUUCAUGCUCAAUGAGGCUCUGCAUUUAUCAGUCGUUUCAUCGGCCGGUAGAUCUUGCACCUACAACGUGGCAGCUGCUAAGCCUGAAUCGAUUCGAAAUUUUCCCAUCAAGGAAAAUGCAUCAUGGGUGUACGAUUUCGGAAUUCGCAGGGGAGCAACAGGUCAUAUCGAACAUGAUUUGGACAAUGUCGUUUUUUGCAUGGGACACGACGGAUACUCAGUGUACAACAAGGAAACGGCAACACAUUUGGGCGAUUUGCGAUUUAAUGAAGGCGGCUUAUUGACAGCAUUGGAACAAUGCGUUUCAACCAAUUAUAUGUUUAUUGACUUUUGGCCUUAUCUACCCAAACGACAAGAAGAUAGUGUAUUCAGAAGGGAGGUUGUGGAAUAUUUUGAAUCGAACGAACAAGCAUUGCAUAAAUUACACGGAACAUCUGAAACGGAUGAAUCUCUUGAACCACCAGAAUUGCUUCCUGAACUGAGAAGGAAUCGUAAGCCACACAUCAGAAGUGACGAAUGGGGAGCAACGAUGAUUAGACAGCUGGACGAUGGCGCAACGCUCAUAGUAGCACGUUCGGCCGGUGGAAGAUUUUUAUUUUGUACGGAUUUGUUGGGUUUACUGAAAUGCAUCGAAGAAGGUUCACAAGAGAUGUUAGAUGCAAAAGUUCGAGAAUGUUUGGCGAUAAUCGAAUGUGGUGGAACACGUUGUAUAACUGAAUUUCGAUCAGGUGGCUGGCUCACCGUACAUGCCGGUAGGGCUGCAUGGGAAAUUGAAGAUCGGGUUUACAUCAUCGAAUUACCACGAAAACGGAAUACGAUCCCCGGCCCAAAUACAAAGGUGAUGACAAUGAAUGGCAGAUACAAUGGUGAAAUUGUAAUGCCUCAAAUUUCCGUUCCAGCUUCCAUUCUAUCUUUGCAUGAUGAUUGUUUGGUGUCAACAUAUCUUCACCCUGCAUACAUUUUAUUGGAAGGAGAAGUGGCCGGGCAAGCUAGAUGGGAAACGAGUGUUUUAAAAAGCGUUCGAAUCGUUCGAUUUGCACCAAAGGCUUUAGAACCAAAAGUUCAACCACCACAUCAUGACCCUUCGGCAAUCUUUUCACCGGAUUAUCAUGCUAAUCGACCACAAUUAGGACGCAGAGCGCUUGACGUCCAUCAACAAUGGUACAUCACCAGUCGAUUGAUGGCAGGUAAUGCGAUUCGUGUGGAUGAUGAUAAUGCUAUAUGGGCGGAUAUGGCAGACGAUGAAGAAGAAUUCGUAGAUGUGGACGAUGAAGACUUUGAGGACGUUGACGAUGACGAAUUUGCCGAUUUGCAAGCAUUGGAUGGGGAGGAGGGAGAAGGUCUACAUGAAGAUGAAAUUCUUUAGUGAAAGCAGAUUUGUAUCAUAAUUUAUUACUAUUCAAUGUAUAAG